AGCGCCAACUGACUAGACGACGCGGAUCUUGUUGAAAUCGAAUAUGUUAAUUUUGCUACAAGCGUUCCGCCGGGAUUGGGAUAACUAGAUAAACCGAUACAGCCAAUUCAAUAUUAGAUCAGUCUAGCCAUGCAGCGUAGCGUAUACAUCCCAUGAUUACUAUCCGUACAAUGUACCUGUCCAAAGGACAACUCUAGAUAGAUCGUUUGUGCGCUCCAACUCUACGAGAACUUGUGAGAAACGUUAACAUUUAUUCUAGGAACAAUUUGUUGAAGGCCCACCAUGAGGGCACUACCUGUUAUCGCAAUCGGUGCAUUGACUGUAGCACUCGUAGCUGAUAAUAUCGAUGGGUUUCUUCUGAAGAAAAAAUCGUUGAAGAGUAUGAAAAUGGUAAAGAAGGGUGCAAAAAAGGGCUACGAUAGCCGUUAUGGUCAUCAUCAUCAUCAUCAUCAUCAUAUUCCUGCAAAUCACGCUCUGCACGUCUCGCAUGCUUCCCACCACAUGGCGGACUUUCAUCAUGGAGGAGAAGUGGAGAUACACGAAAUGGACUUGGCACAUGCGGACGAUUUCAUGCACAUGAUCCAACAGCACGAAGUUCAUCACGCGAGGCCUCCAAUGAUGAUGAUGGGCCCGAUGGCUCCCAUAACUAUGGGCAUAAUGAUGCCUACGAGAGGUGAAACAAUUGGCAACACGGGAAAAGCUGAGACAGGCAUGAUAAUGCCCGUAAUAAUGACGCCUGUGACCAAUCCAGCAAUGAUGGCCUCUCUGAUGCGGCCAGCGAUGAUAAUGGACAUGAUGAAGACUAUGACAGGUAAUGGACAUGAAAGCAAAAACAACGAACCGAUGAGCGCAUCGAUCAAGAUGCCUCCCGAAAUGAGAUCUUCUCUAGUCUCGAUGAACCCAAUGAUGGCAAUGGCAAGCGAGAGGCUAGCCAGCACAAUUCGCUUGCCUAUGUCACACCCGAGGGCAAUGCACAGACCCAGAAACAUAUUCCCUAUGAAACGACGUAGAUCGAUGAAUCAGCAUUCACAAGCGCUGCGCACCAGCCCGCCCGGUUCAUAGCGCCUACUAUCACCGAGCCCACGUAACGUCUAGCGAUGAUGGGAAGUACGCUGAUUGAAACAAACGUGGAACCCUACGACGUUCAACCAGCUGCAAACGGAUCGACUAGUGAUACUCUUUCAAGUUCAAGUAACAUCGCUAAACAGUAACCAGAAGCGAAAACAAAAUUAUAAUUCGGGAACGGUGUCCACUAUUACAGCCGAGAAGGAUAAACUGUAAGAAAAUCAAAUAUAGUCUACUAGGGAACAAUUGCGCUGGCGUAAUUAUUUCCUAUAGCUUAUAUUCUGUUUGCCGAUCGCGUCUGGCUUGUCUAACAACAAUGUAAUGACAAACCAAAUCUAAACACUUACUAAAUAAAUAUUUCGAGCUUCAAGUCUGGUUCUACCGAUGAGCGUCAAUAUUGCAGGAGUUAAUCGGUGCUCAUUCAGGUAGAAGGUAGCUGCGAUAUCAACUGGAAACGAACAGACCGAAACUGAAUCGGACGAAGAGCGUUCAAUUUAAAGUAUAGAGUUAUAGGCGCGAAAACUUAUCAUACGACGGAGGGUUACGCUAUUGAAGAAACGAGCGUAUUAUAUGCCGAAGCAAACAAUGUAUAAUAUACUAAAGAGGAUCAAGGCGUUCCAGACUUUUCAUUCACCGAAAGUAAGACAGGGCUACCUUUUAACGAGGUGUGCUCAUCUAGUGAAAGCGCUACUCUCAAAAGUUAUUUGAAGUUUCGACUUGCCUCAAGCUUAGCUCGUGCUCAGGUUGUUUUUAUUGGCAAUAUAUUCGUUUUUAAUUGAACUGGAAUCACAGGCUAAGUACGCUAAGUUAUAGGAUGCAUUCUAAGGGAAAUUUACUAUUUCUAUAAGUUACAGAUCAUCGAUCCUAGUCAGCCAUAAUGGCCGAAACAGGUCGUAGCAGACUAAUACUUUAAACGGUAGUGCUAACUGAAAUUGCGUCCUUGUGUCAGGCUUAUGGGCUGAUAUGCAGGCUAUCUCAUUGGCAGUUUGGGGUAAAGAUCAGUUUCCCUGUUUACUAUGCUUCUCUAUUUACUAACUGUAAAUGUUUUGUUUAAUUGAAAGUAAAUGGCCUUGACUGAAAGGAUUAACAAAAAAAAAAAGGAUUCAACUCAAUUUAUUUGUAUUGAUACAUCAGCGAUUGUUUUCAGCCGCUGAUAUUGCGUCUAUAUAUGUUAUCUUUGUACGUAUCAAUUUGAAAAGGUGCCAUAGUAUGGUAGUUUUGUAUCAAUAAAUCAGUGAUAUAAAUGUACAUAUAAAUCAGUGAGAAAGUGCUUAAAAUUUCAGAGAGACAUUGCUUUAAAUUAACUAAAUUUUGUUUACAUAAAUUUGUCCACUUAAAACCUUUUAGAUUAUAUUUAAUCGAGUGUCUAUUGAUGGACACCUCCCUUUCUUUCACUUUUGCUUUAGUAGGCGUGAUGAAGGGGAGGGACGAGAUGGAUAUGGACUAAGCCUAAUCAAUCUCCAAAGGGCAAGAUGACCAACUACGAACACCAGCAGCAGAUCGUAUAGAGGUUACCUUAAAUAAAAAAUGGCAUCACUCACCUAUAGAAACCAUAAUUUGCAGCUGUUAUGUUUAAUGCUUGUCUAGUAUAGUUUGUUUACGACUUUUCGACCAAUUAUAUUCUGGCAAGCUAAUUACUUAGAAAAAAAAAGGGUUAUUUGGCUCAUUUUAUCUUAUUGACAAACUUUUCAAACUGUCUGCCUGUGCAACCCUACUCGGAGCAAAAAGCCUCUCCGUAUCAUCGUGCUGGCGCAUCGUCAAGCGAACGCAGAUUACCAAUUUAACUCACAGUUAACUUUAUCAUUUCAAAGCAAAGUUGUGUUCUUGGAAAACGUGCAGGGGCGAAAUCCGGCAUGUACAAUAUCAAAACAAUAAAACCAAAAGAAGAUAUCAGCGAACAACUAUUAUCCCUGACGCAAACCUUGUAUUCCGGCUAAAGUAUAGCCGAUCAAGUUCGGUCGAUGAGGACGAAAAAGUUCCGUCAUCAAUUGACAAGUAGAAAAAGCUCAUCGAGCGUUGAUCCCUCAAGCGGCUAGCUUGUGACGGUAUACGAAUGACUUGUUCCACCUCUUGUAUGUCACAUCUUUACAACUUUAAAGCAGGUUCUAAGAAAACACGGGCUCAAAUUAUACAUGCAAUGUCUGCAAUUUACUACAUUAAGCUGCGAGCACUUUUUUAUAGACACCUAGUAAUGUAAAACUCGCGAAACAUUUACAUGGCUUUCUCAAAAUGCAUGUAAAGCUCAAUGGAAAAAAAUCAAGCUGAUGUAACCGAUGUACAACUGUAUCUACACACUUGGCUUACUGAAGCCUGUAGCGCUGAGCGUUGUUUCGAGCAUUUAAUACUGUCUGAUCUUAAAUAACCUCGAGUUAUAGCCGAGCAAUGCCCAGCCCUGAUCCAAAUUUGCUUUAGCUCCGUUUAGGCGUAAACAGCGUCAAGUUGGAGAAGUUGGUAAACCUGACGUCCCAUACGAUACGGUACGACAGAGCUAAAAAUCUCUAUUUUUGGGUUGUAUGCAAAUCGAUGUUUAGUGUUGUGCAUACAACAAUCUUUCAAUACCAUUUUCCAUUUUGGAGCAAUCAGCAAACGUUGGGCUACUUUAUUUUAAGCUCUCUUGUCGUGACCCAAAAGGAAUCUAUUUUGACUCUUAUGGUAAAUCAAAUACGACAUCAGUUACUUCCGAGCGCGCAGAAGCUGUGAGCUAUGGCGAUAACCGAUUCCAAAACAAAAAAAAAUUCCAUAUCAAACUGGAUUUUUUUUUCGUUUAUUUAUUUGUUUUGAAACUUUAUAAAAACAAAUUUGAUUUGCUACUUUGUGAAAGUCGUUCACAUACUCAGAUUCAGUCUGCAACAAAUUGAUCGAGAGACAAAUAGAGCAAUAACUUUUUUAAAGAGUGGUCGUUCUGACCAGGCGGAGUAUAUAUAACUAUGUAAUCAGUGUUCCUGUGAUUAAAUACAAAUCAUCCAAAAUUGCCCCUUCCGUUAAUUCAUUAACUUCGGUGGUCGUCACAUUGCGAGAUUAAGCGGCCCCGAUAGCAGUUGCCCACUGGAAGUAGCGUCAGACCCCAUGCACGAUAUGGCCGAGCAAAAUAAACUGAGAUUUUACACAGACAGCCAUACAGUCAGCAUCUAUUUCGUUUCACUCUGAACUAUAAUCGCUUACGUAAAAUGUAUCAGAUGCAAUAAUCACGCAGCAUAUGAAGAAACUCGGCUUGUUAAGGGAGAAUAGCCGUAAGAACUGCUAAUGGACGACAUGAUGCUAUUGGGACCACUGCAGAUUACGAACUGCUCCGGAUCCUAUCGGGGGCAUGGUAUCGACUAUUCCUUAUAUCCGCCAAACAGCACAAAUAUACUCAUAUCUACGUCGUUCCCGCGGCAAACGAAUAAUAAACACUUGAGAUAAUU